ACCAGCCAGUCAACUCGGGGAAUCGCAGUAUCUGGUUCCAGUAACGACGGGCUUUCGUUGUAGAAUAAGUUAGAUGUGGUAAGCGAAGACCGUUGUGGAUACACACCAGGUAAUCUACAGGGAAAACUCAGGUAAACCAGUUCACCUUGUGCAGAAUCUACUCCCGGACAGGCAGAGCAAUUGUUUGGCGGGGGGGCGAACCGCAACAUUCAUGAGAAUCGGAGGAGCUUGCCUCGCUGACACGUCUGGUUCAAGAAGCAGAAUGAUGCAGUUUGCGGCGUUCAUUCUCUGCGUAGCUCUUAUCAAUGGCAGUGCGUUGUCCACCACCUUCAAGUCGGACAUCACGCCGGCCCUGCAGGCGGGUCUGGCGCAGGGACAUGCCAGUCUGAACGACAUGUUCAGAGAGGUGGAAGAACUGAUGGAGGACACGCAGCACAAACUGGAAGAGGCGGUGUACCAGAUGGAUAAUGAGACUGCUAAAUCAUUAAUUAACAUGGAUGACCUGCCUCUAAAUUACCAUGAUGAAAGCAAAACAGAGAAGAAAGUUGGAAAUACAUCUGUGCACACGUUUCAGAAGAUUGAUAAGGUAACGGACAAUAAAACCGGAGCUACUUUCUUCUCGAAAACUGUGAUAAAGUCAAGCAGCAAGGAAAAUCAAAUUGAUCGUGAGUGCAUCAUUAAUGAAGAUUGUGGUAGUGGGAAGUACUGCUCCUAUGAGCUGCUACAGUCCAAGUGCUUACCCUGUAAGACACAGGAUUCGAAAUGCACCAAAGACGAAGAAUGCUGCAACGACCAGCUCUGCAUUCUGGGACAGUGCUCAAACGGCGUAGCCAAAGGAGAGGCAGGCAGCAUCUGUCAGUACCAGACGGACUGCAGCACUGGCCUGUGCUGCGCCUUCCACAAAACCCUGUUGUUCCCCAUUUGUACCCCAAAACCUGGUGAGGGGGAGCGAUGCCACAGCCAUGCCAAUAGCCUGCUAGACUUGCUGUCCUGGGAUAUAGAGGCUGAAGGGCCUAGAGAGACGUGCCCAUGUAUCGGGGCACUCAGAUGCCAGCCUCAUGGACGGGGCUCCCUUUGUGAAAGACGCAGAAACUCUUCAAACGAAGAAAGAUAAUUCAGAGAUAGACAUUUAAAUUAACCAGAAGUGCUGGAACAGGCUUCAGAAUCCUGCGUAAAAAUACUCUUUACAGUCUAGUCAGAAGUGAUUCUGGUUAAUAAAAUAUAUACAUAUGCUUCAUCUUUUAUUCAGUUGUUCCAACUUAUAAGACCAAAUAUUCUCAUAUCAGUUGUGUUUAUAUCCUUAGCCUAGUUCAAGGGUUCUGCUAAAUUGUGGAAAAAUGUCAUCUUAAAUUACUCUUUGUAAAAUAUACUCUAAGAUACAAGUUCAGGACCAUCCACUUCUCUGUGUUGCUUUUCUUUAAUCCGUCCAAACUUAUUACUUACAAAUGUAUUACUGCAUAUUAUAAAUACACAUUUCAAUUGUGGUUACUGUGUGCUGGUGACAGACCGAUAGAAACAAACUGCUGUUACAUUUGUUUACUCUGGGGGGGAAAAAGGGAUACAUUUUAUCAAAGAAAUCAUUUUUUUGAGGGAACCAGAAAAUAAUUACUUUAAAAAAAUGUAAUAAGGAAAAUAAACAUCACCAUUGUUUCUGUACUAUCCAAUUGGACACUUACACAAAAUCUAAAAGAAUUAAAACCCACCAAAAUAUUAAGUGUUUUAAAGUUGAUCUUUAAAGUUGAGAAUAUUGUUGCCUGCAUCACUUCAGUUCCAUUUUGCAGUGAUAUACUGUACCUUGCUUGAAUAGAAAUUAAAAACAUGAAAGAUCUUUA